UGUAAUACAAUAAAUGUAUUCCAAUAAAAUAAUGAACUUCAAUACAUUUCGGGUAGAAUUUUGAGAAUAUAAGUAAUUAAAGAAUGUAUGAAAUGUAUUGUUUUUGAUAAAGAAGCCUUAAUUGCCAAAGGCUGGAACUGACUAACGUCCGUGUGCUGCGGUAGGCUUCGCCGUCGCUCGCUGUGUUCGGUCGCCGCUGUUCUCGCUCCCACAGCUACUACAUUGCCAUAUCCUUUGUGCUUUGCGUGCUUGUUACGCAUCGAUUUGGGCUAAACGUUAGAUACCACCUAACAAUAUUUAGGGUGUAGUGUUUUGCUAUUAAAUGUUAUUUACGCUCGCUAUAAUGUGAAAUUUUACGAAAGUGAUUUAUUAAAACUAAAAAAUGCGGCGAUAUAUCCAAGAACAAAACUAGAUUUAAUUUUCAUCUAGGCUAUUGUUUACUGCUAAACGGCAUCAUUGCGCAGCUUCAAAAUGUCUCGCUUUGGAUUGCGAAGCAGUUCGGAUAUCUUCAAAGUCUCUGAGGAGCAAACAAAUCGCAAGAAAAUUGGUCCCGACAGCAAAAUGUCAUCGAAACGAAGUUGUCAGAAGAAAAAGAAACUUAUUUACUUGGAUAAAGAUGAGAGAUUGAACGAGUCUUGUACUCAAAAGGAAGAAAAUAAGUCCCCGGUUUCUAUUAUGUGUAGUUUGCCUCUGAACCGAUUAAGUGGAUUUAUAGAGAAACUUAAAACAAACAAUUUGAGUUUUGAAAUUAAAAACCAAUAUAGUAAUAAAAGUUCCCAUAAUGAAGAAGAAGGAGUAGAUGGAAACAAUUUGUGUAAUAAACAAUCUACUGGAACUGUCUGUGACAACGUUGGUUCAAAUCAUCAGGAAUUCGACGACUGCACUUCAUCUGUUGAAGAAAGUGUAAGAAUUCUUUGCUUGUACUGUGAUAAAAAGUUCACGUCCUACAAAAUGCAACUGAAACAUGUAGAAAAGUUUCACAUUCAACAUAAGAAUCGCAGAUGUAGUGGCCGCAACUCACAAGUGGCAGUACUAAGCGAUUCAAAGAAACAGCGAGGAGAUCCAUGCGGCAUCGUAGUAGCCAAAUAUCCAGGCUGUACAUACUGCAAACGAUCUAGGACUAAUCAAAUUGAGGCAUCGAUUAAGGAUUUAAACGAUCUUUUUAUUCAUUUCGUUGAUUGCCAUCCGGACAAAUAUUUUGGAUGUAAAUCUUGUGUACAACGCUUUCCAAAUAAUUCCAAAUUGUCCCAACAUAUGCAAACCAUUCAUAAGGAUAUACCACAUUUCACUGAUGAUAGUUUAAAAUGCAAAGAUUAUGAUUUAACUAUAUCGGAAAAGGAGGAUGCUGAAAAGAGCUGUCGAGAUAAAUUUAAAAUGUCAAAACCACGUUGUUCUAAAGCACAAAAGAAUGCUAAUGCUAUUAGCAUUCUGACUGCAUCUACUGAGGACGCUAUCCCCACGAAUUCCAAUACAAUAAUGGGUGCUGAAGAACCAAUUUUAUCUAGAUUAGGACUAGCACAAAAUCGACUACCUAAUAGCAGAAAAGGUAUUCGUUCACGAAAAGAUAGCAUCCUCUCAGACUCAAUACUGAAGCCUGAUCAGCCAUCUGUUUAUAUGACAGCAGUCAAAGCACGUAAUAAAUCUGGAAAAAAUGCAAUCAGAGAGAGUGGUGAUGCCGAAGUGGUUUUUCGUAUGCCGACAAGAACGGAAAUAUUGUCCAGUGUAUUCGAUGAAAACUUUUACAGAGAUGUUGUUUCAAAUGUUCGACAUAAUCUAUUAUAUUUUUUGGAUGGGAAGCUUUCGGGAAAUAUGGGCAGUGCCAUGAAUAUGAAUUCAUCUAUUUCUUUGAUUAAACAUCAAAUACCAACUAUUAGAAGUACGUUGGCUGAAAGUCCCAUUGCCCCAGAUGAUCGAAAUAAUAUAGAUAGUGAGAUUCAUGCUGCCACAAGUCUGUCAACAACUACAGCUUUUCCAACGCUCUUAACUGCAGAACAAUAUGGUGGAGAUGCAGUUUUAUCAAAAAUUCGGAGGCCACAUACAAAGCAUUCUUGGAAGUGGAAGUGGGACAGUGUGAAAAAAUUUAAGUUAAUAAAUGAAGGUGGAAAAAUAGUAAAGAAAAUGAAGCAACCAAUGUUGGGCCUGCGCGAUUUAUCAAAACUGGAUAUGUGGACUCAACUGUCUAUGCGUCGAAAACACGAAAUACAACAAUACAUUUUAAAUGUUGGUUCCCAUUCGAAUGAAAGUGUACGUGAAGAAAAGCAACGAAUAAAUGAACAACUCAAUUAUAUUUUGGACAUGCGCCUAUUACCUCACAUCAUCCUGGAACAAAAUGAGCAAGCAAUAAUCAAAAUCGAAAAUGAUGAAUUCGGAAUAUUAUCCCAUAUGCCAAAUAGUGAGGAAGAUGGAGCAUAUAACAUUCUGACUCAAUCAUUUGUCGAUGAAACAUUUUUUUCCAUACUUCAACUUUCACCUAAUCACGAACAUCAUUUUAAUCGAACACAGUUUGUAUUAAGUGGAGAAUGGGCACGACCACGAUGCUAUCUAUGUAUGUGUUGUGGCGCAAAGUUCGAAAAGUUGAAAUCAUUAGAGGAGCAUAAAAUGUUUCGCCAUUCGCAUGUUCUUUCCGCGCACUAUGAGGUUGUUGGGCGCGAGUUACUGGCAGGAAACUCGCUAUGUCACUUAUUUAUACCUAAUAGAGCACUCAGUUAUUAUGGCAAUGAAAGUUACAAUAACUCGAAUAUUGUACGUAAAAUUGGUUGGAAAAAGAAUGAGUUGAUUCACCUAAGUCGAAGAUUAUUAACGGGUUCAACAGGAGAUGAUGACUCUUCUGAUAGUAUACAAUCGACUCUAAAUAGUUGCACUUUAAAUGUUUACAGUGCUAAACAUAGCACAACCACAGAUGAGUGUGACACUGACACAAAAACCACCUUAGACAUUAACACCGGAUCACCAUCUAAUAGUAUGCAAUCGUCGAAUUCCCUUUUCACAGCACCGUCGAAAAUGCAUCUCAAAUAUAAGGAGGCGGCUUCAAUUUCUACAAAAUGCUCCAAAUGCUCUCGCAGAUGUAAUGGAACGUUGGAUUUGUAUCGGCACAUGUUAGAUUGCUCGGGUGAUUAUAUAUGGUCUUUAGCGAAGAAACGAAAAUACCGUUACUAUUGUGGAUCGAAAAAACGGCGCUCAUGGAACAAGCAUAAUUUCGCGGAGUUACGCAAAAAGCCUCAAAAAAUCGCAAAACCGUCGCCGCCAUCAAAUGACACUGAAGAAAGCAUUUCUUCUUCCAAAGUUAAAACUCCAUCAAGACAGCGCCCUAGUGAUGCUGAAUCAAUUAAAAAGAUGCUGGAAAACUUACCGCCGAAACGCAUUUGCAAAAAAAUAUUCCCGGCGUUGACCAAAACAAAGAAAUCGAAGUUUAUAACGAAACAUAAGAUAUACAGUAGUCAAGGAAGACUUAGAUCUACACGGGCUAGACAAAUUUCAAAGCUAUCAAAAUCCAAAGUAAAAUUUUCCAACAAAACUACCAAAACUAAGAAAAGAUUGCAUCAUAAAUCAGACAAAAUGCUCUUGAAACACAAGCCCAAAAAUUUACUUAAAGUGGAUAGAAGUACAGAGAGUAACGACGAUAUAAAUGGUUUUACAAGUAAUAUAGAAAAUGAAAAUCAUAGAAAAGCUCAAACUUCUAGCAAUAUUUUACCUCAAGUCGAUGCAUUCUCUCAUAAAUGCGAUGUGAUUAAUGAAGAAACAGUUUUGGAAAAAUGUAAUACGCCAUAUGUUGUUGGAUGUACGGACGAACCAGCAAAGAAUUCAACAGAAAAUACCACAAUUCCGAAUGAGAGUAGAGUCUGUGACAGCUUACGUUCAAAUAAAUUUGGGACAGAUUUUCAAAAAUUGUCGACUCUUGAUAUUUCGGUAAACAAUGAGGCCAAAAACAACUCGCAAUAUAUUGAUAAUGUUACCUGCAAUAAGAAAAGAAGCAAAAAAAUUAAUGACUGUAUUGCGAUGCUGACCGGUAAAUUGGAGGAAAAACUAAAGACUGAAAAAAGUUCAUUAAACAAAGAUGAGUCAUGCAUAGAAAAAGAAAUUAACAGCGAAAGCAAAAAUAAGUUAAGCAGUGAAUCCAAAACGCCUAAAAGAAAAGCACUUUCGCGAAAAAUAAUAAAAGUUGACAGUAUACCCUCCCAAUCAUCAAUAGCUAAAGUUGAGGUAAUGCUGCAAACUACAACCACAACCGCACCAAUUAUAUCGAAAAUGCCGUCUACUUCAAUCGUAGAAAAUGCGUCAAAUACAAAAAUGUUAACAGUCGCUACGUCAACAGUAACAAUAACCACAUGCAAACCAACGGUUCAAAAUAAUUUAAAUUACCUCCCGAAACCAGCAAAUAUAAAUCUGUUGCAAGAAAAUAAUAAAUAUUCUUUGUUAAAUAAACAGUCCACGCAAUUAGUAUCAACCAAUUCCGGUUCUGUUUUAUCCGUAAUGCCACCAAUAUCCUUGGCUUCAUCGAAUGCUACUUCAUUAUUGCUGCCAAAACCUCCCGCACCGUUAGUCGUGGAAAAAAAGAAAAAAACAACGCCAGCAAUGCUAAAUACAAACACAAUUGCUGAAUUGGUACCUCCGUUUCCAACACUGCCACUUAAUCUUCCAUUGCAAGCUAUACAAGUCCAUCCAACACCCAUACCGCCGCUGCCCCAGCCGCCUGUUUUAACAGUAUUACCACAGCCACCUCUUCUAUCAACGCCGGUGCCUAUCGCUCCUGUUGUACCUGUUGCUCCUAUGGCGCCCAUUGUACCCGUAGCACCAAUGACACCUAUAGUGCCUGUUGCGCCCUUAUUUAAUUCGGAGCCACUCAAUUUAUCCAAUACGAAAAAUAUCAAAAAACCAAAUGUGAACGAAUUAGUUUGUUUACCUCCAUAUCGGGGUGGCAUACCUAUGAGAAGACAAACCAUUUGUGGUUUUGAAGCUAGAAAUUUUAUUCUGGAAGAUGAACCUUUAGACCUCUCUAAAAAAUGUAACAAAGAUCAAUUAAAGGAUGUAACGCCUGUGAUGCCACUUCUACCUAUUAUUAAGCCCAUGGAGGUCCAUAAUAUUCCUCCUAUUGGCAUGAAUAUGGCUAUUGCGUCACAUCAAGAUGCUGUUUUAAAUAAGCAAUUCUAUUCGAAUCUUGAACUGCUAAAGAUUCCACAAAUACGCAAUCCUGGAAAUUCGAAUAGCAAUGAAGUGAGUUUUGUGAAUUCAAUCCCAAAAUGUCCGGUUAAAAAACGUAAUGUAGGUAAAAACAACAACGAACCGACUUCAAAGACAGAAACUUCAAAUAGAAAUAAGGGCAGUAAUAAAGAAGCUUUAUUGAACAAAAAAGAUAACUUAAUGAAGGGAAAAAACUCUCAAAAAAUGGAUGAUGAAGUUAUUAAUCAUAUCGAUGAUGCUAUAAAUUCGGUGAUUAAUGCUGUUAAGGCAAGUUUGCCAGAUAAUGAGGAUGAUGUUGGUGGCAAAUAUAAUAAGUGCAAUAAAAAUAUUGAUCAAGUGCAACCAGUAAAUCUAAUACCUCUAGCUAAUCAAAGAAAAGCAGUUCAGGCAGAGCUCCCUACAACGUCGACUCAAAUUCUUAUGACGCAUUUACCAUCGCCUGAAUCAUCCUUAAACAUGCAAAAGUGUAACGAAGAAGUAACGAAAAAUGAAGUAACAGUUGGUAGUUCAAUGAAGCCUUUGGUGCAACUACCUCAAAAACGUUACGUUCGAUCGAAAACUGUAGAUUGUCGUCCAAACGCGUUAUCAAUUGCUCCAGAAAACACAUCAGAUAAUUUGCUACAUCAAACUGAGUUACCCGUGGUUGAGCUCAACGUAAUAGCCGCAACAACUACAAACAUUGUUUCUAAUAUAUCGGAAUGCUCAAAAAGUGUCAAUGUUAUGCCUGAAGAUAAACUUGAGAUCCCAAUUAUAGACUGUAAAACGAAAAGUUCAAGCUGUGAAACCUCUUUUCAAAACUGCGAAACAGUAUUAUGCCAAAAAACAAAUAACGAUUUAAGUGUUUCUAACGAAACGCACUUAAAUGAUAAAGAACCUUCAAGUCUUCCGUCUGAACCACAAAAGAAAUGCAUUUCUCCCGCAGUCGAAGUUUCGAAUGAAAUAAAUCCAAACAUUACAACUGAAGAAAAUAUGAGCAACAUUAAUAAUACGUCAUCUGGCUUCCAUAGUUGUGGACAAGUCGAUAGCACCGUGGAAGCUACGAAGAAACAAAGACGUCGACGUAAAAAUGAGUUAGCUGCUAUUGUGGCUGACCAACUUCUGGAAAGCUUUAAAAUUGAUAAAACCCGUCGUGAUAAUCUUAAAAAGUUGGAAAAUUUAGCAUACGAAAAGAGUGAGGACCUGUUUGUUACAGGGAUGUUAUUAAUGUCAAGUACAAAGAGAAUUGUUACAUGUGCUAAAACCGAUCAACUAAGUAAUGAUGUGAACUCGAAUAAAAAUACUGAUAGCGUAAAUCGGCAAAGGCAAGAGCAAAACAAAACCAAAGCAGCCAAGGUGAAGCACAAACAAAAUGCUUGUAACAAUAAAACCAUCCAGCUUGCAGACAUAAUACCAGCUCUCGUGAAUACAAACAAUGGUCCGAAUGAGAAAUGUAGGGACGAUAAAAGUGCUGUAAAUAAAAGAAUUAAAAAACGACAAUCUCGUAGCAAAGGCAAACCAUUGGACAAUGAGAAUAUAAGCAAAUUAAAAUCAUCACUUGAGUCAUUUUCUAUUGGUAUAGAAAAGCAGCUUACAGAAUUAGAAGCUAGAAACUCAACUACUAUUAACGUUCCUGAAACAAAAGUCUUAAAUACUUCCCCAGUUUCUAUGAGACUAUCUCUUCUAAGGCCAAGUAUACUUUCUGCCAACAUCGAGUCGAAUUUAAAUGAACAAAAAGCGCUCACUAUUGAAAGUAAAACUGCAAUUUCCAGCCGUGAUCCGCGCCUCAAUAAGAACAUACACAAAAAUGAUCAUAAUGAAUUUUCUGAAGCGGCACCAGCGGAAAAGGAUAAGAAUUUGGAAGAAAUAGGUGAUGUUGAGGAAGAUAAUUAUCUUACAGAAAUCGCUAAAAACGUAAACGAGAAGAUAAUGUCUUCAGAAAAUGAAGAGUUUAUGUUCGUAAAUGAUGGCUUUGAAUUAGCUAAUGAACUGCAAGAUGAUUCAAAUAGCAAAUUUUAUAGCCGUCCACCAACUUCUAUGAGUGUUCGAAGUGCUCCAAACUUUAACGAUGAUCGCUCGAAUUUUGGAUCAAUUUGUGAUGAAAAUACGAAUACAGAAGUGAUGGACAUGGAUUUAGAAGACGAAAUGAGUGUGUAUACCAGUUAUUCACAAGAUGUAGGAAGAGGUCGUGGCAGAAGAAGGCGUCGACGAAGAAGUAUUUUGUUAAAACGGAGACCAAAAAAACGUGUAACUCAUGACAGUUCGGCAGAAAAAUUCGAGUGUACAUUGUGCAAAAAAAUCUUCUAUUCACUGAACUCAUUGACGAAACACAACAUGACUUUAGCCCAUGUAUCAAAAUUAUCUGCACAAGAGUACCUAUUAUCGAAAAAAAUGGAGAACACAUCAGUUCAGAUUGAACCCAACAAUAAAGAUACGCAAAAAUAUAUUCCAACUGACUCCACAGUUUCUCGAAAACCAGCGGACAACAGUGAUACAAAUCGAGUUUCUGAAUUGAAUGAUUCUGAUCUUCCACAUACCAAUCGCUUGGAACAACGGGUUCAUACUGUCAAUAUCACGGGAAAAAGGGAACUUUUUGAUACUGACAAAGGUAAACCACCUUUUAAUAAUGCGCCACGCUUGAAUCUCAAUCCAGAUGAACGAUUGUUUUUCGAAUGUUGUAACAUAUUGAAAGGGGCGGAAACAACAUGUGUAAAUAAUGUCGAAGAUAAUAAUAUUGGCGGUGCAUUUGAUUACAACUUCAAAGACAAAAGUCCAGUAUGCAUGAUCCCAAGCAGUACAUUCAAAUCGUUACCUGGUGAAAUCUCCAAAAAGCAGAUGACAAUAGAACCAGUUAGUGGCAAAUCCAAAAUCCAUCAACAAGAAUUUAGAAGUCCCUCGGUUCAACAGGCAACUAUUUUAAACAAAGUUGGGCCUACUACAUCCACUCGAGAUCAACGCGCUGCUUCUCCUAACUAUUCCGCCAUUUCUCAGUUUUCAGCGGUAACGAAUGCAACGUCUAGAUUUAAAACUAAAGCUGCUAUGAAAGGUUAUGAAAAUACUAAUGUGGACUUAUCAAUGUGUAAGGAAUUGGAAGCCAAAUCGCCAGCUGUCUGUAAACUGACAGAAUUAGCUGAAAUCGCCUUGGGAAAUGAGAAAUCAAAUUCACCAGAAUUUACCUCCAUAUCAAAUAACCAGGAAGGCUCCAUAUAUAGGCGGUUAGCAAGUCGAGAAUAUAUAACAUCGUCAGUCGCAGUUGAUAAUCCAAAAAAUUGUAUUGACGGUAAUGACAAUGCAGACCGAAUCAAAAGUAGUGAAGCUCAAAGUUCUACAUCAUCGAAAACCAUAAUGCAUUCUUCCAAAAUAAAAUCUGUAGUGGGAGAACAUAGUAAAGAAGCCUGCAAAAGAAUUGUUAUACCUGAGAGGCCGUUCAAAAAUAUCGGUCUCGAGGAGAAGGAAACAAUUACUUUUCAAAAGCCCAAAACAACUGUUAAUUUGCUAACAGAUGAUAACAGUAUUUCCACAACUAGCUACUCGGAUCGUGAUGAUUUUGAUUUUGCCUCUUUGAGUUGCGAUGAAGAGCCUAGCCCAAAGGUGAGUAACGAAAGAAAUAUCAAAGAUAACUCGGAUAGUAGUUCUAGUCGAGCAACAGCUAAAACUUUUGAGAAUAAAUCACUCAUAAUGGAUCGCAUAUUUAAGAAUAUGGGUACGAAAGCAAAAACAUCUGUUAAAGUACAAAGUAUAGGAAUCCAGAAAGACCCGUCACCCAAAGCGGAUAUCAAUCAAUUGUUUGAUGAAUUACGUGGUGAUUGUGGUCCUAAAGUGAGAGGAUCCGAGAGCACUUCAAAAAAGCAUACUAGUUUAGAUAGCUCUGAAAACUUGCAACUUAAGCAAAGGCAAACAGCCUCUCAAACGGAAAGGCCAUUAUCGUUUACUCGUGGAUCGAAAGAGAGCCGAAAGAAAUCUAAUGUUACUUCGAAAAGCCAGAAAGAAAUAACGAGACUGCAAUCGGAAUUAGGUAUGAGUCAAGAAGAGAUUGUCAAAUUAAUUAACGAAGGGCAGAGAAAAUCAAAAAGACGUUGUGCGACAAAUAGACCAAAAAAGUUGGUGGAAAUGUGGAGCUCAGAUGAGUAUGAGGAAUUUUUGUCUACGAAAGAUAUAAUUGCCUUAAUAGAGGAAAAGGAAAAGCAAGAAACCCGAAAAAAACGAAAGACCUCGAAUCACUUAAGUCCAUGCAAUAAUAAGAAUAAAGUUAUUGAAACUCCAAAGCUAAUAACUGGUAGGAGAAAAAGUGUAAGGUGUGUAGCUGAUAAUAAGGAAAGACAUAUAGAGGCCUCUGUAGAGUUGCAAAAUUAUCACUGCAGUAAAUCGAAGGCUCAGAGCAAUCAUGUGCCGAUACAUUCCUUGGAGAAUAAAGGAAAACAUACUCGUAGUUGUACAACAGUUGACAGCGAUAUUAAACUUAAAAAUAAUAUUAGUAGCGAAUUAAACCAUAAAAGUACAACUAAUCGCCUAAGUAAUAAGAAAAAACGGUUGGCUAAAGCCAGUUCCGAAACUGUUGUACCCAAAUCGUUAGCAUUAAUUGGGGAAAAUAAAAAGGAGUCUAAAAUGGAAACCACUUCCACAGAAAAUGCUAAAGAUAUGCGGCAAGGGAAGGAGGAAAAACUCGAUAACAAUUUAUCAGAUUUGAAGCAAAUUAAUUCUAGAACUAGGAGUAAUAAAGAUAGAAAGCAUGUUGAAUGUAAGGAAAUUGUAAAUAACACAAAAUCAUUACCUAGGGAACCUGGCACUAGUGUUGUAGUUAAUAAGAAACACACUAAUAAUCAAAGCUAUAAGAAUCGAAGAAAAAAUCAAUCACAUCAAUCGCCCCCACGUCGUAAACGUUUGGCAUCUGAAAAACUGUACUACUGGUCGUCGUCAAGCGAUGAAGAUUUUGGUAAAAUUAAUGCGACGUGUGCCCAAGAGUUUGAUGGCGGCGAACAAUAUCAAAAGCAUGGUUGGAUUGUAGGAGAUUCUCAUAAAAAAUUAGUAACUUUACUCGCAAUAGCAAAAGGAAAUAAAAAAGUUGAUAAUAGUUGUGGAGUAAAGAAAAAUGUUUGCAGGAAAAAAAACUAAUGUUGAAUAAGCAUGUAAAUAUAUAGUUUUAAAAUUAAGCUAAUGUUAUAUGUAUAACGGAUUUUUUAUUAAAUAUAUUUUUAAAAU